UUCUGAUAAGUAUCAAAAUUUAAUAAUUUAAUAAGUAACUUUCUUCAUUACUCCAUUAGGAACCAAAAAUCCCAUUUGAAUUGACUUGCCAUUUCCAUGGUAAUGGAACAUGUAAGGACAAGAAAUAGAACUCUAAACAAGAAUAGCCAAACAAGAAGGAAUAAAAGUAUCUUGUUUGAUUACUUCUAGCAUUAGGGCAACUAUUGUUGCACUAAUAAAUGAAAUAAACAAUUUUCACCAUCAGUUGCCACAACACAUUCUACUUUACAUUACCAAGCCCAGCUAUAGGGAUUUUCUAGCAAACACGCUAAAAUUUAGAAAUGCUUUUCCCUUUUCACUCCACUUUUCUCUUAGCCAUUUACCCUUGCAGGCAUUAUUUGCCCUGCGAUCAGAUAUUAUUUUUGUGCUCAUUAUUUAUAAUGAUAAACAAAAUAAUAUUGCAAUAAUCUGAGGUGCAUUAAAAUUUUGCUUUUACUAGUCAUGCAUGAAAGCUGGGCACGUGCUGAAGCCACUCAAGGCCUCAGCACUAUAAAUAGUGCUCUAUUGUUAGUGGAUAAAAGACGAAACAAGUCUCCCAGCACUGGAGCACAGGAUCCUGUAUUAAAUGUUAAGCUUUGCCUGUUCUAAAAGUGAAGGGCGACAUCCACCAAUAGACUAGUCUGUGGGUGAGACAUACGGCUGGGAAAGGCUCACUCUGACUCUGCAGCUUCCCAAGGCAGCAGGAGUAGCAGCUGAUCUUUCUGCCUCAGCCAUGGCAGAAGCUGUUAUAAGACACUGGGUGGAAACUCCUGUACGCUACCAGGAGCAGUUUGCUGACCAAGAGCUGGAAACACACAAACUGAACCACCUUUUAUAUGCUUUGCCGGGCCCUGCUACAGCAGCACUGAGCAACCAAAGAUGCACCACAGAAAGCACGACUGGGGCAGGGGAGAGUGGCCAGGAGGAGGAAAACACACACUUCCAGGUCUUGCUGGAUGUUGUGCAGUUCCGUCCCGAAGAUAUCAUUAUCCAGACUUUCGAAGGCUGGCUCCUGAUUAAAGCUCAACACGGACCCAGGAUGGAUGAACACGGUUUCAUAUCCAGAAGCUUUACCAGACAGUACAAAUUACCUGACGGGGUGGAGAACAAAGACUUGUCUGCACUUUUCUGCCAUGAUGGCAUUUUGGUUGUUGAAAUGAAGAACUUGGUGGGAAAGAAUUAGAACCUUGUCUGUAGUAAUUGGUGAGAUAAAAUCAUUCUUAAUUAAUAUAACAAAGUAAUAUCAUUCAUGCAUCGCUGUAGAGUGUGGUAAGCAUGUGGCUGUAUUUAUAUUACAGUAAAGGAAAGCCUUUGCAUAUGUUUUUCAGUAUGCUGAGUUUAUUGUUUGAUGUGAAUGUUAGACUGCUUGCCUCCAGCUACAUAUAUGUUGGAAAUCCAGGCUGUCUGAAGAGUAGCAAACUUAGGCUAGUCUCAGCAGGAGAAAAAAAAUCUAUUUUAUAAUACAUUAAAAAUAAAGUAUAUUUUUGAAUUAAGUAAGAGGAGUUGUAUUUCUAAAGAAAUAAGCAUUUGUCAUACAUAGUCAUAAAGAUUAAAGAAGCAAUAGACAAGUUGUAAGUUAGUUUUGAGUUGUGGGCAAUAGACAAGUUAUGGAAAUUUAAUUUAAGUAGCAAAAAAGGUGCUUUCUAAUUUUUGAAAUCAAAUUCUUCUCUUUGGAAAAGCAUACAAACUGAAAAAUACUAUCAAGAAAAAAAUCUCUAUUUCCACAGUUCAAGCUUGUAUACCAAAAUAAGUCUUGAGAGACUAUUUUUUAGAAGUGUAUUGCAUAUUUGAAACUAUAA